AUGGCUGCGCAGAACGGAACCGAGUUGCACGAGGCAGACUUGAAGCUUCCAAGUGCCACACCUGAAGACGAGAAUCCUGAUCAGAUCGGCUCCAACGGCUCAACUCCUACUGGCAUUUCGACUCCUCAACCGGAUCCCGCGGACAAGCGUCUGCCCUCCAUCAUGCACAACUACUUUCAGGUUGGUUCCUUCUCCGGUGAUAAAUUGAGUCUUCAGCGGUUAUGGCCGUGCCUUGCGAAAUCCUCGUCCGAACAUCCAGGGCUGGACAGUUCUUCCGAAUCCUUUGUCGUGUUGGCUAGAGAGGAGGGGAUGGAGAAGAUCGAGGCGAAUUUGCCUACACCUCCCCAUUCCCUUUUGCAGUCGGAUGAAAUGGAUCUCAGUUCGAGUCCAGACAAGACUGCGGGGUCGAUCUUCAACACCUUGAAAAAAUAUCUCACUCCUACCCAUGAAACACCUUCCCGUCGUCAAACUUCCCUCCCAGUGUCUAGCGUCUCUGACGAUCCCGUGCUUGCCUCCCAUUUCUCCAACCCAUCUCUCUCUCCUGCAUCAGAUGCGUGUCCCCUUACCGAAGUACCUUUGCUCGACCACGAGAAACCGCAUACAUCCAAAUCUUGCGAGAAUCUUGCCAAGCUGACUGGAAACGCACCCGAUGUGGUGCGCUUGAAGAAUACUCCACCCCUGACCCCCCGCGCUUUGUCGAACGAGGAUGAUAAGAAGUCCGUAACUUCGGCCCCCGCCGAGAAGGUGGAAUCGCGGGAGAGCUCGACCGAUGAAAUCACCAUGAAACUCGACCAGGCUUUUCCCCGCCAGCCUUCGCCCCAGAAUGGUCCUCCCGUCGCCCCACUGAAGGGUAAACUUACAGUUAAGAUCUCCGAAGGUCGUGGUUUGCGUCCGAGUGUGGAUCCUUACUGUGUGUGCGUUUUUGAAUGGAAUGAGUACAUCUCCAAGGGUACCAAGGAUGGUGAGGAAGAAGAGGAGCAGAAGCGACGUCAGAUCGAAUCCGAUGCCGAGGCUGGUCGUCCAAUGGCGAUUCCAAUGAAGAGUCGUCAGAGCAGUCACAACAGCUCCCUGGAGGGACUCGACAAUAAGGGGAAAGCGCCUGUCACAGACCCCAACUGGGAUCACUCCGCCGUCUUUGAUGUUCUCGGCGACCAAUCCGAAGUCGAUGUUACCGUUUAUGAUCGCUUUCCUCGGCCACGUUCGACUGGGAAUUAA